CAGUGCUGGGAUACAGCAGUGCGAGCAGCAUUAGCCCAUUCACACAUCACACAUACACAUCAUUAACUCACCACAUGCACACCAGCUCCAUUAAAGCGCAUGCACACAGAUGGGCCUGACACUGUUCCUGGGUGGUCUGAUCGUGCUCGCUGCUCUGCUUAAGUGCCUCCUGGAAUUGCGUCGCUCCCCCGGCAGGUUGCCGUGCCUACCACGCCUGCCGCUGCUGGGCAGUCUGCUGAGCCUGCGCUCGGAGCUGCCGCCCCACCUGCUCUUCACACAGCUGGCGUGCACCUAUGGGAAGCUCUACGCACUCUACCUGGGCCCGCACCUGGCCCUGGUGGUCAACGACUACGCGCAUGCGCGCGAGGUCCUGCUCGGCAAGGGCCGCGAGUUCGCCGGACGACCUUACAUGGUGACUACAGAGCUUCUGACUCGUGGGGGGAAGGACAUCGCCUUUGCCGACUACAGCCCAUUGUGGAGAGGCCAGCGCAAGCUGGUGCAUAGUGCCUUCAGCCUCUUUGGAGAGGGAUCCAGUAAACUGCAGACCAUAGUGUUAGAAGCAGCAGACUGCCUGGUUGCAGAGCUCCUCUCCCUGGGUGCUCAGCGCGAGUGUGUGGGGAACGGUGUGUGUGAGGGUGUAUGUAGGUGUGUGUGUGUGGACCCCGCACCUGCCAUCCUCAGAGCGGUCACUAACGUAGUGUGUCGGCUGGUGUUCAGCGGCAACUACAGCGCUGGCGACCCUGAGCUCCGUGAAGUCAUGGACUACAACGACGGCAUCGUCCAGACUAUCGCCCGUGGCGCUCUGGUGGACAUCUACCCCUGGCUCCGAAUUUUCCCCAAUAAAGAUUUGGAGAAACUGAAAGCGUGUGUGAAAGUAAGAGACAGCCUACUGACGACAAAACUAGAGGAACAUAAGGAAAGUCUGACCCCUGGUGAUCCCCGUGAUCUGCUGGACGCUCUGCUGGAGGGGCGGAGCUCCGAUGGAGAAAAUGGCCUCUCAGAUGACCAUGUGCUCAUGACCGCUGCUGAGGCCUUUGGGGCCGGAGUGGAGACCACCUCCACCACCAUACUGUGGGCUGUAGCUUUCCUGCUGCACCAUCCAGAGGUGCAGGAGCGUGUGCAGGCAGAGCUUGAUGAGUGUGUGGGUGCAGAGCGAGCGCCGUUGCUAAGUGACAGGACGCAAAUGCCCGUGCUGGACAGUGUGAUGUGUGAGGUGAUGAGGAUACGACCUGUCAGCCCACUGCUCAUACCACAUGUAGCCAUGCAGGACACCAGUAUCGGAGGCCACUCUGUUGCCAAGGGAACUCGUGUUCUGGUGAACAUGUGGGCCAUCCACCAUGACCCGCAGCAGUGGGACCAGCCAGAGAGCUUUAGGCCAGAGCGUUUCCUUGACAACUCAGGCCAGAGGGUGAAUCCGCCGUCUUUCCUGCCCUUUGGGGCGGGGCCUCGGGUGUGUGUUGGCGAAUCGCUGGCCAGGAUGGAGCUCUUCCUGUUUCUGUCCCGUGUGCUGCAGCGCUGUCGCUUCACGGCCCCUCAUGGGGGCUCCCUGCCAGACCUGCAGGGGCGCUACGGAGUUGUUCUGCAGCCACCAAAGUACACACUCACCAUCAAAGCCCGAACCUGACCCUAAAUGAGUGUGUGUGCGUGUGUGUGUGUGUGUGUGUCUGUUUGUACAGUUUUGUGCAUAUGUUAAUAUAUCUGACAAGUGACACAUUCAUACUACCAGCAACCUGUGUUAGUUGACAUACAUUUUUUAAGUAUCAGCAGGAUACAGGAUACAUUCAGUUGAAUAGUUCUAACCAUGAACAAAAUAAACACAUUUAGCCAUGUUUUCAUGUCAAUAAACCCAGUCAUAUGUUA